UCUAAUUACACCUCAUCAAGUCAAGAGUAAUCAAAUAUCGUUAGACAAAAGGUUUGUGCCGACCUUGGCGGCGCUGCGGCUCUCCCUCACCUUUUCUGUCCACGAACUAACCCCGAACGCCCAGCCAAACAGGUAUCAUGGCGGACCAGCAAGAGAGCAUCAAGACUCCGUCAACGAAUGGCAAGGCUUCGUCAGCAGAUGGCCAAGAUGCUUCGAUGAAUGGUCAAGAGCAGGCUUCGCCAACGGAUGACCAGGCUGUUGCGCCACCUGAUGGCCAGGAUGCGUCGACGGUUGUCCAAAAACCGAAAGAACCCAUGGCUCUACUUGGCUUGCCCCAGGAGGUCCGCAACUUGAUCUGGGAAGCCGCCGUCCAUGAUUUGCCCCGGGUAACCGGGCUCCUGAACACAUGCCGCCAGAUCACCUUCGAGGUGAUGGCCGUCAUAUUCCCCACCCGCCGACCAGGAGCCAAGAUCAUGCUCGACGUGGACAUCCCACGCGCCAUCAACGACAAGUGGCCGCUGGUUCGGGCCCGAUCGCUCGACGGCCGGAUGGCCGCCCCCUGGGUCGUGAACGGCCCCAACGACGUGACGCUCCCGUAUCUGCGGGAGACGACCAUCCAGGACAUGACCAUCAGUCUGUGUCCCCCGCAGGUGGGCAACUCGUAUGACCUCUACCGCACCCUGGUCAACAUCGAGAACAUGUUCGUCGUCCUGAGCGGCAUAUUGAUCAGCCACAUCACCGUCGAGAUCUACUGGAUGCCCGACGUCACCGAUGCCAAGCCCGAGAACAGCACCGGGUCCUGGCCCUUGGACGUCAAGGUCGACCUCGCCGUCAAGGGCGUGCCCAUCCGCCGCACCGUGAUGGAAGUCCUGCUCUCCCCCUUCGAGGCCCUCUGGGCCAAGACCGACGUGACCGUCGCCGGCAUCGGGGAGUCUUGGAUGGACAACCGCGACUUCAUGCGCACCCGCUCGGCCCUGGCGAAGGCGCACGUCGACAACAGCGGCCGUGCCGGACUGGUCAAGGUCCACGAGGAGGUGAAGAAUUUCAUCCGGGAAGCGUCGUAAGUUGGUUGGCUGAACACAGCCAUGGCAAUGGCACGGGAUUGGAUUGCCUCUCACCCCCGGGGCGUCAAGAUUUGCGAUUUCGACGGCGGGUAGACUCUGGAUCGAGCGAGAAACAGAGUUAACUGGCGCAGAAUGGCGUUUCAUGGGAAAUAGACUUCUCUUUCAGUAAUGGAAUGUUAUACAUCUGCAAGUCUCUAAAGUGGUGAUUGUAUGGGUGUCGACGCAUUUUGAGUAUGGUCUUGCGGCACUAAACCAAAGUCAACUUCCCAGUCUAUCUUCGUUCUAAUAACCCAAUUACCCAAAUUCCUUCCCAGAGAGUCGCCUGAGCAACACCUUGGCAAUGUUUAUAAGUCGAUCAGUAAAGCGGCGAGAGGGUGAAUGGCGGGGUUUCUCGAUGACGUGGGACCACGAGAUCAUCAUCUGAUCGGGAA